GCGAGUUCGGGCUUGGAUCUCCGACGGGAUGAAGAUGAAAAUGGACGACUUUCAAGUGAAAAUCACCGAGGUACAUCUUGUCUCGCCUGCAGAUCCCACAGAGAGGUGUCAGCUCCCCUUCACAACAUUCGAUCUAAUGCAAAAGAGGGACUCCAUGCCAUACCUUCAAAGAGUAGCGUUCUAUGAAUCCACUGGUAAAGACGCAGAUCUCCUCGUCCGCAACAUGAAGGAGGGCCUCGCCAAAGUUUUGGUGGACUUCUAUCCCUUUGCCGGAAGGAUAAGUUUCUCAGGAGGUGGCAUGCCGGAGCUGGAUUGCAACGACCAUGGCGUCGAGCUGAGCGUGGCCGAGGCCAAUGCGUCACUGGAAGAGCUGGACACCUCUCAGUACUCACCGCUGUUUAAGAAGCUCAUACUGCGUGGGAACUACGAAGAGACCACCAUGACCGGCACAGCACCACUCUUCGCUGCUCAGGUGACUAAGUUCAAGUGUGGAGCUGUGUCAGUUGCUUGGUCCUUCGAUCACCUGGCAGUUGACGGGAUCGCGAUGAUGCACUUCAUCACCUCCUGGGCCGAGGCAAGCAGCGGCAAGCCGAUCUCCAAGCCUCCAGUCCAUGACCGCUACUUUGAGCGGAGGAACAAAGAUCUGGCAGCCAAAGUUGAUGAUUCCGCUCCAUUCCAGUACACCUUCGUGGAUCCAACAGCUGGAGUGGAGUCCAGGAUCUUCUCCUUCGACGAAGACGAGGUGGAGAAGAUGAAAAAACUCGUGCUCGAAGGAAACUCCGACCAGCAAGAGAACGGAGAACACGAGAGCUUCACCACCUACGAGGCCGUUGCGGCACACUUUUGGGUGGAGCUCUGCCGUGCUCGAGAUCUUCCAAAGUCGCAGACGACGAGAGCCCAGAUUGCCGUCAACUGCCGCCCAAAGAUCGUGCCGCCGGUGCCACAGGAAUACUUCGGCAAUGUUGUUCUCCCCGGAUUGGCGGUGUCCACCAUCGGCGAGCUCACGGCACCCGGCAGCAAGGCGGUGGCGGCCAGGCUGCUCAAGAAAUCCAUCAGGAGCUUUGGAAUGGAGGAGAUCCGGUCGCAAAUCCAGAGCUACCACGAGAACUACCGCAACAAAAAUCCAAUGGCGCAGGGGCUGACCGAUGGAGUGGACAUCUUCUUUGGGAGCUCGUUGCGGCACCCUCUGUACGAGGUGGAUUUCGGAUGGGGCAAACCUGUGGCGGUGCGCCACGGACGAUUCCUAUGGGACGGCUUCUGCUUCUUCGAUCCAAGCCCUAGGGGCGGGAGGAGCAUGGACGCCACCGUACAUUUGCCGCCCCCAACCAUGGCCAAAUUCGCAGCUACAAUCAAAAUGCUAGAACCCUAAAAUGGUACUUUCAAAAUUUCACAUUUUAUUUUUUAA